AUGUUGGAUUUAUUUAAUUUACUUGGAUGGGGUGAAUUCUGGAAAGGAGAGGAUUUAGACAUCUAUCUUCGUGCUUCAUCACGGCUUGUUUAUAUUGUGAACAUAUCACAGAGUCAACCUCCAUGGCUGGCUCGACCAUUAUAUGGACUUGCUGCGCCAGCAAUUAUUCUCGUCACAUUGGUAACAAAUUCUUUUAUAGUAGUAGUACUUUCAAAUAAGAAUCUACGUACACCAACAAAUCAUAUUUUGCUUUCCAUGGCAAUCACAGAGCUUAUGACGGGUCUUUCUUCUUGCCCUUGGUUUUUGUACUAUUACACAUUCGGCGGGUUAUACGAUGAUCAAAAGUAUGGUUUGUCGGAUUUUUGGUGCAAAACACAUCCAUAUUUUGCUGUACACCUUCCUACAAUAUUUCACACUGCAGCUAUAUGGUUAACAGUAUAUUUAGCAAUUCAACGAUAUAUUUACGUAUGUUUACCGUCGCUUGUUGUCAGAUUUUGUACACCAAAGAAGACCAGACAUAUUAUCAUAUACAUAUGCAUUUGUGCUUUCGUCAGCGAAUUACCUAUAUUGCUCACUCAGUACAGCGUGAGUGUAAAGAUAUCAAAUACAACACGAAGUUGUUUCCAUAAAAAUGUGGACAUUAUUGAUAAGGUGGUAGGCGUUGACUCAUGGAAAGCGAUGUUGUUGUGCCUUCGUGCUGUUUUUGUUCAUAUACUGCCAUGUGCUCUUCUCAUCAUCUUCACCGCAUGUCUUUUCAAAACUGUCAAUGAAGCGGAUCGUAAACGUAGUGUUCAUCAAAUUCUUUGCCGAAAAGCGCAAACAACUUCUGGAUGCUUAUCAUCGAAUCGUCUUAUGCACGCUACAACACGAAUGUUAUUGGUCGUUAUCGCAAUUUUUCUCCUUAUUGAAAUUCCUGUAGCGUUAAUAUUUAUUAUGCAUUUACUAGUAGUAUUUUAUCGACUACUUGAUAUGAACGACUACAAAACUGUUAACAAUCUUUUGAUUAUAAGGAACUUCCUCAUAAUAUUGACGUAUCCGCUCAAUUUUGCUAUUUAUUUCGGGAUGAGUUCAUCCUUUAAGUUGCAGUUUCGUCAACUGUUUUCACGACAAGCACUUUAUAUUACAUCGCCAGCCGAUGGUGCUGGAUGGCGUCCUCGAUUCUCUGUACAAUUGAUCGAUAUUCAUAAAUUACGCAGGCCGAGUCGAUUAAUGCGUAAAAUGACUCAGAAUUAUGGUCAAAAACGAAUGUCUGCAACUGCACUUGAUGCCGCUGCAAUGACGGACGAAUAUCUGUGA